ACAUUGCGCAUGACGAUUAGUUUAGACUUUCAGUGAUAAAAAUCUUCUGCUCUUGGAGGUUCAUUUUCCCAAAUAGCUCCUCUUUCACUGGAUCGUUUCACGGUUUACGAGUCGCACUCACUUCCAAACCAUUCUUCCGCUUUCUCUAUCACUGGGACGACGAUGCAGAAGGCGAAUCGCCGAUCCAAGCCGUUGAGUCCAGGCAAAACCUCUCCCAAUGAAAAGCAACAAUACGAGGAGAGGAUUCGCGAGCUCGAACGACUAAACAAAGCGUAUCAGAUGGAGAUCGAGGAACUGAGGCAACAUGCAAGCGAUUCAUCUGCUCCUAACAACGGGUUAGAAAAGCUCAAACAAGAUUAUCUUCAAAAGCUGAAUGCACUUGAACUGCAGGCUGCAGAAUUGAAAAAGAAACUGAACUCUCAGUCCCAAUUCUCAACCCAAAGGAAAAGAGUUGAUGACGCAACGAAGCAGUCUCAAUUUGAGAUUCAGUGUUUAAAGGCUCAGAAGGUUCAACUGCAAUGUAAGAUGAAGCUAGAAUCUGUGCAAUCUAGAUUAUGCAAGGCUUCACUGGAAAAAGAAGUUCUUCAGCUUAAGAAAGAGAAGAGAAAGAAUGAUUAUGAGGUUCAGAAGUUGCUGGCUUCAAACUUGACACUUAAAAUGGUAUUGCAACGCAAGACAGAAGAAGCUUUUGUGGCUACUAAACGGUUAAGGGAGAUGAUAGAAUCUCGAAAGGCUAUACCAAAUAGGGCAGCUGGCGUCACGAAAGUCAAUGAUCGAGUUCAGGGGCUGGUGCAGGCUAUUGAACAUGAGCUAGAAGUCACAACACAGUUACAUGAAUUAUGUUCUCAAUAUGAAUCCCAAAUUGAAGAGAUGACCGAGGAAAUAGCAAAGCUGAAGGAAGAGGCUGAGAUACAGAGGCAGGAAAAGUUCAGCCCUCCACUGCAGCAUGAAGAUUGUGACAUUUUGAAGCAAGAUUUAGAUAUUAAAGAUCUGAAGGACCAAGUAAAUGGCCUAGAUUAUCUACUUAGACAGUUGCGUUUACAAAAGAAGCUUAAUCACAAGGAUGAGAUGCAGAAUCAGGUUCGGCCUCUUUUCUCUGAUGGUAAUCAUGACAAGCUAGAAGAAAAAAUGAAUACACCUGAAAUGAACCUCUCCAGUGAAACAGAGGCGAAGAGGGAUAAAUCUGAUGGGCUGUGCUGCUCAUGCAGUAAAAAGUCAUUGUGCAAAACCAGUAAAUGCAGAUGCCGGUCUGGUGGAGGAAGCUGCGGAACAUCAUGUGGCUGUGCACGCUUCAAGUGCACAAAUAGAGAACUGAAUCCUGUGGCGGCAGAUGAACCAACGAAAUCAGAAAAUACGGAAAAUGUUAAGACUGCUUCAGCUAAUGAUACAGUGGAGAAUCGAAGCAUGAUCGCUUCUCAUGGUGCAAAAUUACUCGAGAGUGCACUUCUUGAGAAACCUGCUGCCGUUAGGGACAACCUGAGACGCAAAAAGAAGCCAUUAUCUGACAUUCAGAACUCGCUGGAUGAUUUGAAUGCUAAGAUACCAGACAAGAAAAAGAAUGGGAAGAAGCCUGCAAUUCAAUUAGUUACCAAGGAUCCACACUCCUCCCUACCGGAAAGUACCAAGUUCCCCGAUGAAGAUUAAGAUAGCGUGAUGCAGCCAAAAAGACUAAGAAAAUUGAGGUUAAACAGGUUGGUAACACCGGCCACAUCAGGCUGAGGCACACAAGAUUCUUUUUUCCCCUCCAUUUUUAAGCCGUCGCAUUCAUUUUGCGGGGUAAGCUUUGGUUAAAAGGAAAUGAAUAUUCCUUACCUGUGCGUUAAAAAGGAGUGACAAUGUUUCGAGUGUUUUUUUUU